GAUGAAUUAGUUAUUAGAAAAUAAAUAAUGAAACUGUUAUACACUAUUAUAAUCUUGGAGCUAAUACAAUUGGUUGUUUUAAGGCCAUUGGAAGCCACCACUUCAUUGCAGGGCGAACUUAUGGAACUAUUGAAAAACGAAUUGUAUGCAAUAGACAAAGAAUACUGUGAAAGGGCUAAAGCUUUAAGUAAAAGCAUACUGCAGGAUAAAUAUGUACAACAGGCCGCCACACCUGUAAUGAGAACAUUUAAACAGCAUAUAAAAGAAUUUUUACGUGAUUAUCCUUCUUAUAUACGUUAUGGUUUAAUCCAUGAAUUAGUUAUCUUAUUUGUUGGAAUAAUCCCAGAGCCCAGCAGCAACAGGGAUAAACAAUAUAUUUGGGAGUUAUUGAUAAUACUAGGUUAUGAAGAGAUUAGUGAUGAUUAUGAAAGCAAACUUGAGGAUUUUGUUAAAGAAAAAUUUCUACCAAAAUUUGAGAAGUUAAAGUUAAAACUUUCCCAAGAUGAAUUGCGGCAACAAAAAGACUUUAUAAACUGGAGCAAUAAAUUAAAACAGUGCCAGGAUUAUAUCUGUCUGAGUAAAUAUUUUGUGACAUUGUCUGCACAAGACAUCAAUCCAAAAGAGGAGCUAUAUGAGUAUAUUCGUAAACAGAUCGAGAUCAUUGAUAUCUUUCGUGGUAACAGUGCAAACGAUAUUGCCAAUGCCAUAAUAAAGGAUCAGAAACUGUCACAGCUUAGUCCUGCCAUCAGGCAACACUUAAUAAUUAGCCUUAAUAACUUUAUUAUGAAAUUCGAAAGCAAUCAAGAUAUGGAUGAAUUGCACGAUUUAAUUGCAGAUUUCGAUAACAAUAUUUUAUUGAAAUUCUACUAUAAUAGGAAGUUGCUUUCAAAAGACAGAAGAUUGUUAAUGGAAAUCUUUAACAAAAAUGGUUAUGCGAAAUUUUUGUCCAAUUAUCGCAUAAAAUUUAAUGAUUUUGUGGAACAGGGUGUUUUAAUGAAAUUCAAAGAGUUUGAAAAGGUUCUCAGUCGCAAAGAGUUGAAAAGCGAAAAGACCUCAAUAAAAUGCUUUGUUGAAUUAAAAUCAUUAAACAAUUUCUUUGAUAGAUAUGAUAAACUUCACAAAUGUUUUACGAUACUACAAAAGGAACUGGAAAUAAAAACUAUUUAAAAAUAUGUUUAA